AUCACAUUGUGUGGAAGUAUUGACACAGAUACUCUAGGAAACCUUCUUAUAAGGGCUGUGGUAUUGAAGGAUUUGGAGCAAUAGCUAGCCUACUGUAGAACGAUUUUUUUGUUGUCGUCUCUGCAGUCUCUAUGAAGAAGAAAAAGAAGAAGGAAGGAAGUGGAAUCAGUUUACCACUAGGUGUCCUCAGAUAGACUUUAGGUGAGACUGAGGGAAGUCGUGUAGUGGUAGAAGUAGACCACCAGGAUGUGUUUUGGAGCAGAGACUAGCUGCGGAUAAACAACUUUCGAUGAAACAAUUAUACCGAGGUUCAUAGUGGUGAUGCAUUAACUCGUUCCUUGAGUGCAAGCUGAGGUGCUGAUAGUAAAUAGAAAGAACCACUCAUGGCCCUUCUGAAUGAAGGGGCGUUACUUCAUAUUACUCCAAUCAAAUGAUCACAACACAGCUGCAAAUGUGCACGUGGUGGGUUAUCUUCGCCCUUGGGAUUCUAAGCUGCAAUGGAAGUGAACUCGACCCACUAUGGAGGUACCCCAGGGCAGCAAAACCUGGCACCGUUUGGACUGGUUGAGGUGUUUGAACUGCGUCGGAGUGUGCGGCAAGCAAGAGGCCUGCAGCGGACUCGGGUGUUGACUCCUGUGCCAGCGCAUGUUGAAACGUCAGCAGCAGCUGUAGGGCUUAAAACAGAACACGUCGUGGAGGGAUUAGACAGACAUGAGGAGGAGGAGGGUCUUAACGAACAGAAGGAAAAGCAAGAGGAGAAGCUACAUCAUCAGGAAGAGAGGAUACAGGUGUUGACUCCGGUGCCGAUGCAUGUUGAACCUGUGAUGUGGGAAACACCUGCAGGAGUAGCAACAGCAGAACACACAGAAGACACGGUAGAGGAGGAUUUAGAUCGACAUGAGGAAGGGCUUCACCAAGAGAAAGAGGGUUCAUACUUGGAAGAGGAAGGCCUACAUCAUCAGGAGGAGAGUACUCAGUUGUUGACUCAAGUGGCUGUGCAUGUUGAACCUGUGCUGUGGCAAGAAGCAGCAGCAACUGCAGGGCUUACAACAGAACACACCGUGGAGGAGGGGACAGAUCAACUACGGUAUGAAGUUUGCAAACAGAAGGAGCCGUCACAUCAACCGGAGGAUGGGCUACAUCUCCAAGAGAAGGAGUCACAACUCCCUGAAGAGGAGCUAGAACAACAAGGGGUGGGGCUACAUAAUCAGGAAAUGGGAUCAGACAUUCAGCCGAAGAAGAGAUCUCUCAAGGAGAAGCUAAAGAUGGUAGUGGCGUUGGAACAGAGACGUAAAGUCCUCAAGAGGAACAAGGCAGGACAGGUGGAUGGAGCCAAGAAGAAACUAGUUAAGGUGCCAAAGCCCCCAGUUGAGCAGGUGGCAGUAGGCAAGAAGAAGAAGCUGAAGCCCCCAGUUGGGGCCCCCGCUAAGUCGGCCUCUGCAUUGAGCAAAAAUAAAAGCGUGGUGAAGAGUGGAAUCAAGAGUAAGAAGAGCACUAAAGUAGCAAACCCUAAAAGAAGAAUACAGAAAGCUACUCCAGUCAGUCGGCGACCAAUACUCAAGUCUCAAGUCAUUGUACCUGUGCAAAAUAAGUAUACUUUGGAUCGUAGUGGCUGGAGUCAAAGUUACAGCCAGAGUCGUUGCAGAAGCCCAUGCCAAAACAGGAGUGUUACUAACCGGAGCUGCAGACACCACCGCCAAGGAAGCAGAGAGAAGAGGAGAGGAAGAGAUGGCAGAGAGAGUAGUGAGGAGAGGAGAGAAGACGAUGGCAGGAGGUGCAGUAGGAGCAGAGACCUCAAACAGGAGAAGCAACAAGGGCAAAGCAGUAGGAUCAGCAGCAGUAGUAGUAAAAGUAACAGCAGCAGUAUUAGUAGUAGUAGGACCGGCGGCCGCAGCAACAGCCGCAGCAACAGCAGCAGUAGUAGUAGUAGCAGCAGCAACAGCAGUAGUAGAAGCAGCAGCAGCAGCAGCAGCAGUAGUAGUAGUAGCAGCAGUAGUAGUGGUAGUAGCAACAGACGCAGAAGCAGCACCAGCAGAAGUAGGAGUAGCAGCGGGAAACUCAUUAGCAGGAAGAGUUCCACAGCAGGGCUGGCAACCAAGAGGGCUAAGAGGGGUACUAGUCCCACAGUGAAAACUACAAAUAAGAGGACCAAAAGGUCUUGUAGUCCUGCUGUGAAAACUGCAAGUAAGAGAGCCAAGAGUGGUAGUUCUGCUGUGGUCAAGACUGCCAGUAAAAGAGUAAAGACACGCCUGUCCAGUCUCCCGGCAGUGACUACCUCUAGUAGAGCUAAGACCAGCAUGUCUGCCCGGAGCUCACCCACUUCUGAGGUGGUCGAUGAUGAGAAUUCAGCCUGGAAAGAAAUGGAGUUGGAAGAGUUGACAGCGUCACUUGCUCGGAUCAAAGCCAUGCUGGCCAUGUGCACUCCACCCACCACCCCUGAUUCCAAUGAUACAAAUGACACGGAGCCUGUAUUGGAUGACAUGGAGAACAUUGUGGAGCACUUACCCAGUCCAACCCCUGAUCUGGUGGACAACAACAGCUCUAUCUCCCAGCACAGAGGAGACAACAAAAAUGUGGGUCCUCAAAAGGCUGGUGCUGAUGUUUUGGUAGGUGUCUGUCUGGAGCAGCUCGGACAAGAGCCUCAUGAUGGUCAGCAGACAGGCAGUGAGCAGAACAAGUGCUCAGAGCAACACCAAACGGGAGCCCAAGGACAGUUAGACAAGGAUGAGCGAUUCUGUCAAGUCAAGACUGAUCAAACGGUCAAAGCACAUACCACCGCUCCAUCUUCAACUUCAGCAGUUUCAGCGUCAUACAAGCAAUCAGAGAUCCGUAACAUAUACCGGUCCCCCCCAACAGCUGAGACAGAAGAAGAGGAGCUGGCAAGGAAGGGAAGGGAAUUGGAGAGAAUUGAGGCAAUGAUUGCUGAAGCAAAAGCCAUUCUAGCCAUGGAAACACAGGACACAAACCCUGGUUGUGAGCAUCCUAUUGAGGCUGAUGCAACACCAAAGACUUUAGCUAAAUGUAAACCCCACAGCUUCAUUAGAGUAUCUCAGCAAAUACCAUUCAUUUUGGAUAACAGAGCUACAGCCUCAUCUGAAGGGCAUGGCGGUGAAGAACUAUACGACCCCUUUCAGGUUGAUGAAGAUGAGACUAAGUUGAUGGAAAAUACCAGUGGAAGGCUAGAGAAUGAAUUGAAAAAGCAGCAAGAAGAAGCUGAGGGGUUGGGGACUGGUGAUGGACAUGAUGGUGGCAAGGGUAUAGGGACCAAGGAGGACCAAUUCCUCUGCCGGGUUGAGAAGGAGACCUAUGUGUAUGGAGAAAAGCCUGGUCACUGCCAAGCUGACAGCAGCAAGCAGCGCAAGCGCUCCUACCAAUACGAGAGAGGAGAGCAAAUGCCUAGUGUGGACCAGAAUGAGGAAUCUCAACUGACCUUUGGUCAAAUUAAUACCAUCAUCUCAUCCAUGGGGUUUGAUUUAACCCAACAGUCCACAGUUAAUCAACUGGAAAACAAGGCAAUAAAGCCUCAUUUCACAACUCAACAUGGCAUGGCACUGCCAUCAUCUUUGCCACGUGUAGAAACCCACUGCAACGAGCUCUAUGAUCCCUUCCACGUUGACCAAGGACAUGGCGACGAGCCUAUGGAAGUAGCCAUAGGAGAGCAUAGCAAUCAAUCUAUGGAAACUGGGAUAAGGACAGGUGCGGAGGAUAGAAAAGAGGACCAAGUACACGAGGCACAGCACAAAGGACGUCAGGAGGAUGGCAGGGUUGCAAUGGGUGGCCAGGACAUAGAGUUAGGCUCUUAUGCCUUAAGCCAAGACCAGAUGAAUAAGCAGUGCAACCGGUCAAAGGAAUGUGAGACAGGAGGCCAGACCAAAUAUGUGGAAAAUCAACAGGAAAAGAAGGCCCUUCCCUGGGUUAACAGUCUCCAGCAGCCACAAGGACUUAUUGGGAAGAAAAGUGUUAAAACUGUAUGGAUUUGUGGCGAUGGACUUGUGGAGCUGGCGUCCCGUGUGGCGGAUUCACCAACAUAUGGCGUGAAAUUGGACCAAAGUGAUCCUGGCAUUCGCUCAUACUGGCAGGGCGAGCUGGCAAUGAAGUGGGCUGGGCUUGUACCCCUUUUGCUCCAGCUGGCUCGUGAUUGGCCAAGCCCAGACAUGCUCAUCAUCCACCUGGGUGACGAUGACAUCAUCAUGAGGGACACGCAGGAGCUUUCGUGCGCCAUGCAGAGAGACCUGACCUCCAUACACAACCUCUUCCCCCACUGCCUCAUUGUCUGGUCAGACCUGCUGCCCAACAAAAUUUCUAAACAAGGUUCUUCAGCUCUGGUGGUCCAGGACGGGAUUCAUGACGUGGUCAAUCGCAGAAUGCAUGCUGUGGUUGCAGCACUGGGUGGAAUGGCCCUAACCCAUGAACUCCUCAUCCCCGAGCUCUAUCGGCUCCAGGGGGCUCGCUUCUCACGGCUCGUUGUGGAAAAGCUUUUCUUGAACAUUAAGCAGUUUGUGGAUAAGUGGUGCUUGGAAGUGGACUGUGCUUCAAAGAUGUGCUCUCCAGAGUCCCAUACCCUCCCCACUGGCUCUAAACACACUGCCACUGUCCCAGAUCACUCAUCUGUUUCCACUCAUCCUAAAUCUACAAACGUUCACCCCACCCCUAAGGAAAGACCUUGUUCACCAUCAUUGCCCAAGAAGCUGGAACAGGUUGGUGAGGGAAAGGCUACGGAGGUGGCCGAGCAGUCUACUACGGAAGAGGUGACGCAAUCCCCGGAGGAGGAUCAAAAACGGACGGCAAAGCGUGAAAAUUCAGUGGAGUCUACAGAGAAGGAUGCAAAGCAGUCUACCGACGUUACGAAACAGGCUUUGGAUGCUGCUUUUGUGGAGAACCAGGCUGCCUUGGUGGUGAACCGCGCUGCUUUGGUGGAGGCAUGGUCUGCCUUGGCACAGAAGCGCACUGCCCUGGAGGCACGGCAGGCAGCAUUGGAGGCCAAACUGGCUAAACGGGCACUAAAACCCACCACAGAUCCACAAAAUGACAACAUGCAGGGCAAAACUGUAAACAAGACGGUCUUCAUUAUUGGUGACGCUGUGGAGUUGGCUCCCCUCCAAAAGCAUAAAGCUAUACGUCAGGUUGCCAAGGGGCUAAGAUGGAAGCCAUGCUGGAGGCUUGUGGAAGCUGUGACCUUGGCCAGGGUCGUACUGCAUCUGCUGGAUCUCCCGUCCGGCUGGCCCCUUCCGGACAUGCUGAUUAUUCACCUCGGAUCAUCUUGUGACAUACCGCUUGGGAACCUGGAGGAGAGGGUGCAGAGUAUCCGGGAACACUUGGUUAUGAUUCAACAGAUCUUCCCGAAGAGCCUUCUGGUGUGGUCAGACAUCCUGUCAAGGCCAUUCAGGAAAGGGCAAGGCCAUAAGCCUGUCUACAGGACUGAUCUGGCCAGUACCGGACGUGAGAUCAAUCGGAGAAUACAUCUUAUUGUCAAGGAACUUGGAGGAUCAGCGAUUUCCCAUGGAAACAUUAAGCCAGAGCACUUUGACUGUGAAGGCGGUCAGCUCUCUGACAAGGGUGAGCAGUUGUUCCAUCAGAACAUUGUACGGUUUGUGGAUCAGUGGAAAUGGGAUGGCAACUCCACUCCAGGUCCUGCUGAGGGCCACAGGGAACGAUUGACACCGCCAACUGACCAAACUGGCCAGUCCAUCAUAGGCUGUGGUAUGCAGGAGGCUCCUCGAGUGGUGUGGAUUUAUGGAGAAAGAUUUUGUGACCGUGCCAAGCAUUUGGCGAAACGUCAGGGCAUUCUACUGAGCUGCGGCACACAGACCGCGCAGAUGGUCUGGAAAGUGGCACCCCAUGUCACCAAGCACUUCAGGAAGCACUUCCUGCUCCAAUCGGAGGGCAAGGUCAUUCGCCGGCCAGACGUGGUUGUCAUCUAUCUAGAUGAUGCUGAGGUCAGGAGUAACUCGGACGUCAUGGUGACUACUAUCAAGAGGGAAAUGAAGUUAUUGCGCACCAUCUUCCCCAAGUGCCUCAUUGUGUGGUGUGAUAUCCUGCCUCAGUGCCUCGAGGGAUCCAACCCGACAGCCACGACUCCUGGUAUUGACUACAUCAACGCCAGACUGCACGCUGUCGUCACCAAAUUAGGAGGAAAGGUUGUAACCCACGGCAACAUUGGGCCAGACCUGUACCACGUCAAUGGAAAUUACAAGUAUUUCACAGACGCGGUGACUGAGAGGAUCAACCUCAACAUCCAGGAGUUUGUGGUGAAGUGGCUGACUGAGGUCAGUGCCCUAGCCCAGCACACCAAACCCUCACCGCCGUCUCCCCCCAGGUCCAAUGCACUCGGCCCACACACAGCCUACAGUUUCCAGAACCCAAACCCUCCCCACUGCACUCGGCCCAAACCCCGCUCAUUGUUACCACUGCCCACACCAACCUCAAUCUUUCCACAGCGACCACCAACCCCACUGUUAUCUCUGCCUCGACCCAAGCCGCUGAUUCCACCACGCAAAACCGUUCCAUUGACUCUACUGCGCAAUCCCACCCCGCGAAGUGCACAGCCAAAACCCACCCCACUGAUUGUACAGUCCAAACACUCAUCAGUGCACAACAACCCCCCAGGCCACUAGCACUAAUCAUACGAAUGGGCCCUCUCCUCAAUACAAUGUAAUGAGAACCCAAUUCUAAUCCCCCCCAUCUUGGGCCACACAAGUCCACCCAAGACCCGGUUGAGCAUACAACCCACAACUCUGACUAUACUUCUCACACUAAAUCCAGGGCCUCCUUGCUACUGCGCUCAUUCCAAACAGACAACACGGAUACCUCAUUCCUAAAUCUCUUGACAUUAAUGCAUCCUAUAUCAAGAGGCCACAAGGUGUGCUCAAUAUUUUGGUUGUUUGAAGUACGACAUAUGAACUGAAGAUUUUUGUUUUGUUUUAACUUUACUGAAUAUGACUACUACUAUGCACAGAAUGCUCGAGCAGAGACUAUUUCCACCCUCCCUCUCUCUCUCUCUCUCAUCAAUAUGAAUGUUGAGCAGACUGAGCUUUUGGCUAAAAAAAAUUGUAUUCCUUCUUAGUGUGAAGUACCGCACAGCAAAGAGUUUCCUUUACACAUUACUUUUGUAAUUGACUUUAGAAUAAGCAUCAAAUGCUUCCAUUUUUUGCUAAAUCCAUUUGUUGAAAAUCUUGGUUUAAAAUGGAAUGUAAAGGUUUUCUCUCUCCCCAAACUCACACUUCUAAGUAAUGGAGUGAGACACAUGUAUCACAGUGACCCACACACACACAUAUGCAUUCCAGUGACGUGCGCACACACACCUCUGACCAAUAGAAUGACAGACACAACACAAUUAUACUUACACACCUGACCAAUUCGAUUAUACACACGCGCACACACAGUCUGGCCAAUACUUUUAUGAUAUUGACACACGGUAAUGUGUGUGUGUCACAUGAUACACAGACAAGACCUAUCACACCUAAUAAAUGUAUGGGAAAUAUAUCAAAGUGGUAUUGUCAAGUAUGUGUAUGAAAUGCCAUGUCAAAGUUAUUGCAUUACUAAAGGUAUUGUAAGUAGUGUAGAAGCAUACGGUGUUGGAUGUCCUCAUGCCAGCUGGGUUUUGAAGAAAAGUGAGUUUAACACCUAAUGGUAGAGAUUUGCAGGUUUAUCCUUCCAUUUCCCAUCAAAACAAAGCCACAGGCCUCUUGUAUCACUAGUUACCACUCCCUCUUGAGUUACAGGGUUUUUUAAUCCGUAAAGUUUUCUCACUUCUUGAGCCCAUAUGCUUCGACAUAACUACAAGAAUAAUUUUGCAAAACUGUCUUUUAGUCCUGCACAUUUCAGAUCAUCGGAAAGAUGUCAAAUGGUUGUAAACUGUGAGUUGUGGUCUGGCAAGGUGACCAUAAUGAUUCAAAUUUCUUUAGCAGUUAUUAUAUAUCACUGCCUUUCAAGGAGAUGUGCGAUUCAUGAUUAUCUUCAAUGAGAAGUACUGGGUUCCCCGGGGGAUGAGUUGGUUUGGCGUAUGAAAUGCUUCAAGAAGAUUAUAAAGGCCAUUCUCCUAUCCAGACCACACACACAAUUAUCUAUAACAGGGCUAUUCAAAUGGCGGCCCUGGGCGGCAAGGUUCUGGUCCCCCACAAGGUCAGAACAAAAUUAUAAAUA